ACCUUCAACAUCUGGAACAAGAUGAAGGAGAUGGUCUCCUACACUCCUCUGACUCUGGAUCCAAACACUGCAAAUUCAGCACUCAUCCUGUCUGAAGAUCUGACCAGUGUGAGAGUAGAGAGACAGCUGCUUCCUGAUAAUCCCGAGAGGUUUGAUGAACACAUCUCUGUCCUGGGCUCUGAGGGCUUUAACUCUGGGACUCACAGCUGGGAUGUCGAGGUUGGAGACAGUACACUCUGGGUACUGGGUGUGUCACCAGAGUCUGUCCAGAGGAAGGGAUUCACACAGUCUGGAUUAUGGGGAAUAUGGUUCGAUGAAGGUAAAUACUCAUCAUGGUCACCAUCAGCUCCACCCACUGAGCUCAGAGUCCAGAAGAAGCUCCAGAGGAUCAGAGUGAAUCUGGACUGGAACAGAGGAAAGCUGUCGUUCUCUGAUCCUGAUACUAACACACACAUACACACCUUCACACACACUUUCACUGAGAAGCUGUUUCCAUACAUUAGCUCUUAUGAUGAUGGUGGUCUAACAUGCUGGAAUGUUUGUUUGUUUUGUUGUUUGUUAAUGUGUCUGAAUAAUCCCAUGAGGGAUGGAUUAUGCAAAUGAGCAGAAAUGAAAAUAAAUGAUUCAUUCAUUCA